UUCCCAGGUUCAUGACUCCUUCAGCAAUGGAGCUGCAGGUCACACUGAUCCUCAGCUGCCUGCUUUUCUCUACAGCGCUGGCACUGCAGUGUUACCUGUGCGUACCUGAUCCUUCAGGAAAUUGUGAAAACACGGUGAUGGAUUGCCCAGAUCAGUGCGGCAGCAUGACCUUAACCAUGAACAUAGGUGGUACGAUUAAGAACAUCAGUACGAAGUCUUGCAUGUCAGCGACAGAGUGCGUCAACGGGAGUGUAAACCUAGCAGAUCUGAUGAGCAUCACCAAUACGAAGUGUUGCACUACUGACCUCUGCAACGAAGAAACACCGCCAGCUCUAACAAAUCAGCCCUCCAAUGGACAGAGGUGUUACGCUUGCGCUGGAGAGACGUGUAGCGGGGAUUGUCAGGGACGUGACUGCAUCAACACAAUAGGUGAAAAUAAAACUGUGGAUUGUGUAGGAAAUGAAGAUCGUUGCAUUAAUAUAACAGUUAGUGCAUUUGGAUUUACAACAUCUAUGGAAGGAUGUGCAACCAAAAGUGUUUGUGACUCGGCUCCAGCCAGGAAUUUGAUGGGAUUAGGUAUAGCUACAGGUGUGCAGUGUUGUGAGGGGUAUCUGUGUAACAUAGCUGAGAGCAACACACUGAGUUUCCUCGUCAUGCUCGUCCCUCUGCUUUCCUCCAUCAUUUUCUACUGAGACUUUUUUUGGAUAAAUUUUUCAUUUAAAAGUUUCUGAAAAAUAAACGAUGAUGAUUGACAUUAUGAGUCUACAAGGAGCCAUUUUAAUAUCUUUUACCAGUCUAACAGUGCUGAAAUUAACUGGAUUGUUAUUUCAUGAAAGACAAAUAAAAGGUAAACAUUA